AUGGAGGUUCUUUCCGGUAGUCUGCAAGCUGCCUCGGACAAAAAUCUUAUUGCCCCCAUCAAUAAAUGUAAAGCUUUAAGGCUCACCCACCUCGCUUUUGCCGAUAAUUUGAUGAUCUUCUCCAAAACUGAUGGCCCUUCUAUUGAUUCUAUUAUGCUUUGGCUUAAUCUCUUUGCUUCGAUGUCUAGUCUUCGCAUCAACCCAAGGAAAUCUCUCAUCUUCCUCUCUGGAAUUUUGGAUGCUUCAAAGGUCUACUUCCUUGAGAAAACUGGUUUCGAUCUGGGGUCUCUUCCAGUUAGAUAUUUAGGGUUGCCUCUAAUUCCAACAAAACUCUCAGCUCACCAUUGUUCUCCCAUAUUGGAUCUCAUCAGAAAGCGGCAUCAAUCAUGA